CAUCUGUCAAAUUUAAUAAAGAAGCAUUCAUUGAAUCUAAUAAAGGAAUAUUUAUCAAAUUCAUUAAAUCUAAUGAAAAAACAUUCAUCAAAUCCAUCAAAGCAUUCAUUGAAGUAUCUAUCAAAGCAUCUAUCGAAUCUAUUGAAUCUGUUAAAGAAGCACUUGUCAAAUCUAUUAAAGAAACAUUUAUUAAAUCUAAUGAAGAG